UGAGUCUGUGCUUCACCAGAGUCAAGGGAGAAGUGGUUUCUGCAACAACAACAACAAAAAGCAGAAGACACUGAGAGAGAAAUGACAUGGGACAAAAUCAGUGCUGAGACAGGAUCACAACAUGCAUCUGAAGACAUGGAACUCAGUCCCCUUGCUUUGCCGUGUAUUUAUCCAGAGAAGCACACAGCCAAACUGACACGUGUAUAUGCACAGAGCACUGCUUUCUUGUCUUUACCCCCAAUGCGAGACACUGAGCAGCUCCUCCAGAAAGCCCGCGAGUGACAUUUAAUUCAGAGGAGAAGACUUGACUGCUCUUCGUACAAUACAAUGAACCGGCUUGUGGUGAGACCAGUGUCGGCCUGGCGUUGCUGCUCCUGCAACACCCUGAAGGCCUGGAUACCCAUCCUCUCAUGGCUGCCCAGGUACAAGCUGAAGUGGCUUCAGAUGGACCUGCUGGCUGGACUCACUGUUGGGCUGACAACUGUACCACAGGCACUGGCUUACGCUGAAGUCGCUGGCCUUCCUGUGCAGUAUGGACUUUACUCCGCCUUCAUGGGGGGAUUCAUCUACACCGUCCUGGGGACUUCUAAGGACGUGACACUGGGUCCCACAGCCAUCAUGUCCCUCCUGUGUUUCUCCGUGGUGGGGGGGCAACCGCACCGUGCCGUGCUUCUCAGCCUCCUCUGUGGACUCAUCCAGGCUGUAAUGGCAUUACUGAGAUUAGGUUUUCUUUUAGACUUCAUUUCUUUCCCUGUAAUAAAAGGCUUCACUUGUGCUGCUGCAGUAACCAUCGGAUUUGGACAGGUCAAGAAUAUUCUGGGGCUUCAAGGCAUCCCCCACCAGUUCUACCUGGAGGUUUAUUACACCUUCUACAAGAUCCCAGAGGCCAGGGUGGGAGAUGUGGUCCUGGGUCUGCUUUGUCUCACACUCCUGGUGAUGUUGAUGUGUAUGAAGAUGAGACUGGACUCUGGUCCUGUACCUGCCUACUCCAGACUGGCCAGGAAACUUGUGUGGGCUGUUGCUACGAUGCGUAACGCUCUGGUGGUUGUGGCCGCGUCUCUCAUUGCAUUUUCUUGGGAGGCCUAUGGUCAUCACGUGUUCACGAUCACUGGAAAAACUUCCCAGGGGCUCCCACCAUUCAGACCCCCAUCCACCUCGGACACCACAGCCAAUGGCACCAUUGUGUCCUUUGGAGAAAUUGUAGACGGCUUUGGGGGCGGACUCGCUGUGAUUCCCCUCAUGGGUCUGUUGGAGAGCAUUGCUAUUGCGAAAGCCUUUGCCAGUCAGAACGACUACAGGAUUGAUGCCAACCAGGAGCUGCUGGCAAUUGGUGUGACCAACAUCAUGGGCUCCUUUGUGUCAGCUUACCCUGUCACUGGCAGCUUUGGCAGGACAGCGGUGAACUCCCAGACUGGUGUGUGCACGCCAGCUGGAGGAAUCGUCACCAGUGUGGUAGUGCUGCUGUCCCUGGCGUUCCUCAUGCCGGCCUUCUACUACAUCCCAAAAGCUUCACUGGCUGCCGUAAUCAUCUGUGCAGUCGCUCCCAUGGUGGAUUACUGUGUUGUGGCUAAGAUGUGGAGGAUACGCAGUAGGUCUUUGCUCAAGCUGGACCUGCUGCCUUUUUUCGUGACCUUCUUGCUGAGUUUCUGGCAGGUGCAGUACGGCAUCGUAGGCGGCGUUGCCGUAUCUGGAGUCCUGCUACUGUACAACAUGGCAAGACCCCAAAUCAAGGUGUCUGACCAUGGCGCACUAGUGGUGGAGUUGAACAGUGGACUAAGUUUUCCCGCCGCAGAAUACCUCAGCCAUGUCAUACACAGCCAUGCUCUGAGCGCGUCUCCGCCUCGGUCACUGGUUCUGGACUGUCAUCACGUCAGCAUCAUCGAUUACACAGUGAUCAGCGAGCUCAGGAACGUGCUGAGACAGUUCAAACUGCGUGGCGUGCAGCUGGUCUUUUCUAGAUUGCAGCCCUCUGUUCUGGAGGUUCUCCUCGCAGCUGAGCUGGAGGGUCUCAGGCACACAGACAGUGUGGAGGCAGCGCUUCUGCAGACGGAGUCAGAGAACCUCCUCGAUGACUGACACAGAAACUGUCCCGGCACAGUCUGGCAUUGUAGCAACAAUAGUGUGAUCAGUGGCACGUCUGACCUGCCAUCGUUGGACUGUUAUGACGUUCAAAAGUGACAAACUACCUCCAUUUUUGUUUUUUUGGCCAUCAGUUGCACAACCGCUCGUAGUUGCCCUUUGUCCCGUCAUAAGAAAUUGUUGCACCUCCUUGCACUUUGUAUCAGCCAAACCUGACCAGGGAAAUUAUUGCACAAUCUUUCACAUUACAACACUAAGUUACCACAGCAAAACUCAUGGGAUGUGGGACUGUGUUUUAUAGGGUUUUGAUAUGUUUUAGAUGGACAUUUUGUCUUUUGUAUGAACUGAGACAAACGAUAUGAUUGAAAUCCAUGUUUUUACCGGCAGAGCAUUUCCUCUGUGUUAGCUUUAGGGUUGAAGAGGAAAUGUAAAUGGCCAGGGACCAAAUAUAUGAUUUUACAGUUUACUUAACAAUUUUAUUAACUUAUCACAAGGACACUGGUUAUAUCAUAUUACGUAUAAUAUGUUAUGCCAAGAUACAGUGUUCGUACAAGAUUUUUAGUGAAUAAAAGGUGUCACGAGUGUUUCUA